CAGUGUGACCGCAACAUGAGCCAGCCUAAGCCUUGCGAGAAGAAGGGCAAGUCCGCCGAGCUCAGGGUUCAGAAGAUCCUGAACAAAAUAGAAAGCCUCAAGCUGAGCCAUGCCUAUAUCUCUCAGCUCCAACUCCCCAAAACGGAGGGUAGAAUGAAAAAAGUGUUGAACAGAAACCCGAAGUUGUAUUCGUUAAUUACAGUUUUAGUUUUGUGUGUGGGAAUGAUAGUGCAGUGGUUUCUGAAGGAUUUGUCGACGAAGAACUGCGUGUUCGAACUACCAUCAGCGUCCAAGACCCUCUUUCGUCCUCCUGAAGACUGCUCCAUGUGCAUCGGCGUGGAGGGCGCGGUGCGGCUCGCCAACACCUCAGCCCAGGAGUUCGAGCAGUAUUACGCGUAUAAUGCUGCCCCCGUGAUUGUUACUGAUGCUAUGAACCACUGGAAGGCUGUUCAGGAAUUCAGCUUCGACUUCUUCGCCAACUUUUACCGCGACGGCAAAAUGGGGAAGAGGAUCAACGACUGUUUCUACUUCGCGUACAAAUCUGGGCUGAACUCCUUGCAAGAAGUCUUCUCUAUGGACGCGGCGCGAGCCAACUUGUCUGGGGAGCCUUGGUACGUUGGCUGGAGCACCUGCUACAGCGAGGAAACCAGGAAAUUGAGGAGUUAUUACAACAGACCGUACUUUCUACCGAAGACUGCUGAGAGUGACAUGGUGGACUGGAUCUUUAUGGGCGGACCGGGACAAGGGGCUCAUAUGCAUGUGGAUUCAGUCAAGCACAUGUCGUGGCAGGCUCAGGUGCGCGGUCGCAAGCGUUGGGAGCUGGCGCCGCCGCCCGAGUGCCUGUACGCCUGUCGCUGGCUCGCCUUCACGCUGCAGCCGGGCGAGAUACUGGUGGUGGACACCAACCGCUGGUACCACAAGACCACGGUGCUGCCUGGCGACAUCAGCAUCACCAUCGGUGCUGAGUACGACUGAACCACGUGACUACUGAUAUACAUAGACGACACUGUUAAAUUGUUUUGCACCAAGGGAUCAUUUGCCCGGUCAGCGAAUUCAGGCGGAAUCAAUCAAUCUUAUAUAUUAUGAAAAUUAAAUAAAACU